AUGAGUCGUACGGUAGCACAAAGUUUUGAUACCACUGGGGUGACAAUGUGUACCUUUAAUUGUGAUGACAAUAUAGCGGAUAUCGUUUUCAUUCCUUGUGGUCAUCGAGUAGUUUGUGCUACCUGUGCCGGUAACACUUUACUCAGACGUUGUCCAUUAUGUUAUCAACAAAUUGUUAUGGCAAAAAAUUCAUAUGGUGAAGAAGUUGAAAUUGGUAGUAAGAUUAUACGAUAUGGUGAUAUUGGUUUGGGUGAAAAUGUUCAGAUGGUUGGUAAAAUGGAAAUUACAAAAAUAGCACAAGAAGCUGUUGAACGUGCCAAAAAAGCCGUUGAAGAAGAGAAAAAUGAAAUUGUACGUGAAUUACGUGAUAAGUUAGAACAACUAGAGCUCGAAGUGACAUGUGCAAUAUGCAUGGAUCAACGUUGUAGCAUUGUAUUUCAAUGUGGACAUACAGCAUGCGUGGAAUGUAGUAAUCCAUCAAAAUUGAAAGUGUGUCAUAUUUGUCGUCAAACUAUUAAACGACGUACAACAAUUUAUACGUGA